UUCACUUGGUAAUAAGGUUGUAAAAACGAAAGUUGAUCUAAACACAGCGACAAUGUCAUUUUCGACUAAUACUUCGAAGACAAUACUAAAAAAGACAAGUAACUUGUCGCAUUACUAUUUAAUCCCACGGAGAUAUCGCUAUAAACCAAAAUGGGCAGUAAAUUUCAAGAAAGAAACCAAUAGACAACUUGCACUCAGCAACUUUGAUGCUUUCUAUAAACCCUAUUAUGGAAAAGACUGGCCAUCUAUCCGUCUGUCAUUAUUAUCAUUACCAAAGUACACUGCAGUUUUAAACAGAUAUGGAAAUGAAAAGUCCAUACAAUCUCAACUUGAAGACCUUGAUGUCAUUAAUUUUACUGAAUAUGCAAGGAUAUUGUUAACUAAACAGGACAAUAUUUUAACAGAUACUGAAAGUGUCUCUGAACCUCCUAGUGAUAACAAGAAAUUAGAAAACAGUGAAAAUGUGGAGAGUGAACCAGACCCAGUGGGGUUCAACAAGCUGCUGGAGUUUGAAAGAGACAAGUACAAACAAUACAGAGAAGAUGGCCAAGUUCUGGAGCCAUACAGCCAAGACAUUUAUAAAGAUAGUUUAAAUGUUUUUGUUCCUGUUGAUCAAAUAUAUACAGAAAAAGAGCACCUGCUUAAAGAGGAGGUUACCAUGAACACGUUUCGGCCGCGGGAUCUCAGUAUUCCAGUUGUGCCCCUCAGCUCUCUCACCAUACCCAGUUCUAUUAAUGCACUUGUUUAUCCCAAGGGAAAUGUUACACUGUUUCCUCAACCUAAGGCACAUUCAAGAAUUUAUAACUAUUAUCUGAUGGACGCUGCCUCAGUUAUGCCAGUUAUUGCUUUAAAUGUACAGCCAGCCGACCAAGUCCUAGACAUGUGUGCGGCCCCUGGGGGAAAAAGUUUCUUGAUACUUCAGUCUCUGGACUUGGAUGCAGGUGGCUCUUUGCUUUGUAACGACAUCUCACUGAGUCGACUUCAGCGUUUGAAGAACGUUUUGUUCUCCCACUUGCCAAAAGAUUUAGCUGCCCAGGUCCAAGUGAGAAAAGCAGACGGCUUUGAGGCUCUUCAACCUGUUUACAAUAAAGUGUUGGUGGAUGUGCCGUGUAAUGCAGAUCGCCACGCCGUCACUGAGGAGGAUAAUGGUUUGUUUAAAAUGUCAAGGACACGUGAGCGUCUGGAUCUGAUGAAGACUCAACAAGAAUUACUCAAAACUGCCAUCCAUAUGUGUGUACCAGGGGGGGACAUUGUUUACUCUACCUGCACAUUAGCACCUGCACAAAAUGAUGGCGUCAUACAGGCUGUCUUGGAGGAUUUGUGGCAAACUUCAGAGAUUGAGGUUGUAGUGGAGGACUUGAGGCCACUGACCAAGCUGUUUAACCACAUCUUCAAGUUCCAUCAGCACUCCAGCUACGGACAGAACAUUAUUCCAACCAUCACUAAUAAUUUUGGACCCUCUUAUUUUGCUAAACUGAAAAGAAUAAAGUGAAUGAAAUCAA